AUAUAUAUAUAUCUAUAUGAUUUAAACACCAAAAAUAUAGAAUUUUAAAUAUUUGAGAAUUAAUUUAAAAGAAAAACGGAAACAACAAAAAUGACAACAGAAACUUAUCAGGAUUUAACAUUUGAACGUAAAGGUCAAAAAAGGCCUACACGACCAAAAUUAUUAAAAUUAACAGAAGUAACAAUGCCACAUCGUAACCGGAAAAAAACUAAACUGAAGGUUAAAGAACGAUCACAAUCAAACGUUCGUGAUCGAUUUUACGAUGAUCCAGCAUAUACGGAUGAUAUCAGUCACUUAGCUCUUCCAUUGCGACGUAAUAGUGGACCAGAUAAAAUAGAAGCAUCUGGUACUUUUAAUAAACGUAAAACAACAAAAGAUCAAAUAAAUAUACAGCCAUAUCCUAAGCCGAGAGCAGCAGAACCACUUCCAUAUCCGCGGGAACAUGAACGUGAUGCUGGUUCUAGUAGUUCUGAAAAUGGAUCACAUGAAUAUGAUAAAAUAAAACAUGGUAAAUCUUUAGAAAUAUCUCAUUCAAAAAUGGAACAUAGUCCAAAGAAACGAGAAAAACGUGAUAGAUCUGCCAAACAAAAACGUAAUUUAAGUUUGGAUAACAAUUUAUCAAAUAGUUUGCGACGUUCCUUAGAAAGAUCAGAACCAAUCUUAAAAAUGGCUAGUAUCGAUCGAAAAUCUUUAAAACAACAACCAAAAUCAUUAGUUCAGCGACAAAAUGCUUCAGAAUCAUGGAAUUCAUGUAUUGCAGUCACUUCAGAUUCGUCAAAGGCAACAGAAAAUGAUGAAUCAUUUUCGGGAAGUGUUCGAAAAGAAUCAAAAAUGCAAAUUGGAAAGAAAUUUUUAAGAGGUGAAAUUGGUAUAAAAAGUUUUAAUUAUUACUUACUCAAAGAGGGCUUGAAAUCAUCAAAAAAAUUUGUUGAAAAGAAAAGAAAUUCUUUAACUUGGGGCAGUGAUUCUAAAAAAUUGCAAAGCCGAAGUGAAGAAAAUAUAUAUGAAGAAAUAUUUUUUGUUGAUAAAAGUUCUGAUAAUGAUGAUCAUCAUAAUAAAUAUGAUGAUUGUGAGCUUUGUAUGCAAGAAUGCAAUAAAGAGAAUUGUGAAUAUUGUUUUCAAGAUAAAAAAUCCAAAAAACAUUAUUUUGGUAGUUUGGGUCGUCAUGAUAAGCAUCCCGUUUAUUCUGAUGCCAGAAAAUCUGAAGUUAUUGAUGAUUUGGCUCCAAGUAUACCAGUAAAUGCACAUAUAUUGGAAUUUCAAUCAUACAAUCCAAAUAACCCUGGUGUUUACAAAAUUGAAACAACUCCGGUUGCAUUUACAAGUGAUUACAAUCCAAUAAGUAGUUUUGAACCGAUUUCAAAUACAACAUCAAUAAUUGAGACAAAUAUAAAACAGAUUUCCAAUUAUGCGCGGCCAUCAAUACAAUCUCAAUAUCAACAAACAUUUCCAUCUCAAUCUAUAUCAGCUUAUCAAGUUCCAAGCAUACAACAACAACAGCAGCAGCAACAACUCGUUACACAGCAACUUCAACAACAACAGUUACGUAGAGUGAGAGAUACUCGACCAAAUAUACAAACCACAACCACAAGAAUAACUGCAAAAUCUUCAUCUUCAAGCGAUUCACUACAUCAUAAAUAUGCUAGUAAAUCUGAGCAUCAACCAAUAGCUAUAACUACUAUUGAUUCUUACGAAUAUAAUCCAAGAUUAGUUUACGGAAGUAAUAGUAGAAUUGGAAAUGGAGGCAAUUUACAACCCAGUCAAAUUAUAUAUCAAGAACCAAAAAUCUAUAAAAGUGAUUCAAAAGCGUCAAUUUUGAGUGAAUACUCUAUACGUAGUGAAAGCUCGAAUCGCAAUUUCCGCUGUGGUGAAGUUAGUGAUUCAAGUUUAGGAGACUCAAUGUUUAGUUAUUCGACACAGCAAAAAAAAUAUUUUGGCAGUUCUGAAAGUUGUCGAUUCGGUUUCGAAUGUAGACGUUGUAGUUUAGAUGGUGAAAAAUGUAGUUUCUCUGAUACAUGCCGCUAUGAAUGUCGGAAUUGUGAUUGCUCUUCAAGUUAUUUUUCUUCCGAUUUCGAUGAUCUUAACUACAAUAAUCCACAUAGACGAAGCCUUAAUGUUGGUAGUGGAAAUACAAGUCAUUCCAACCAACGUUCCUAUGAAUACUUCAAUGAUGCAUUCGAUGUAAAACAAAGCAAAUAUGCACAAGAUUUCUUUAAGCAUGUCAAUGAUGUUAAACGAAGUAUUUAUCAAGCUGAGAUCGAAGGCAGCUCGAACAAAUUUUUGGGAAAUAAUAAUGAUCCAUUUGCUCCAAUACCAUCUUCAAAACCUAGUGAAAUGAAGAAAUCAUUAACAAGCGAUAUGUACGGUAGGCAGGAGAAGCCAGCUUAUCAUUAUCCCGGAGAAAUAAUUUUAAAUAGGAAUACUUCUGGUGGUAGUCCUUACAAAUCAUCAACAAUUUCACAUUAUGCUUCAACACAAAUAUUUGCUCCAUCUUCAAGUUCAUACGUAAAUUCAUCAUCGCGUUCUAAAGAUUCUGGUGAUUAUAAAUAUAAAAGCACAACUAAAGAUUAUCGUUCUAUGCAAAAUAAUAUUUCAAAAAGUUUAGACGAACAAGAAAAUUCUAUAUCAUCACUUAAACGAAUUUCUAAAUCAAAACAAUCUGAAUAUAAUGACAGAAAUUUAAAUGAUCCGGAAGAAAAAUAUAAAUCAUUAACUAAGAGUUUGGAUAAAAAAUUAUUGUAUGCUCAACCGUACAGGAAGACUAAAAAAGAUUUACAAGAAGAUGAAAUAAUUCAUGAUAGAAAAACGACAACAGGUGCUAUUCCAAAAUUACAAUCAAAUGAAAGUCCAAUAAUGCAUCAUCGUACACAACAGCAAUCCAAAUCGCAUUACGCAGCGACUGUUAAUAAUAAGAUUUCGGAAUAUGAAACACCUUUUACUAAAACCCCAUCUAUAAAGUAUGCUGAACCAAAAUCUCAAACAAAUUAUGUUAGUCCACGGAAGUCAUCACGAAGUAUUGAGAGAAGUAGUGGAAAGACUACCAAAGAAGGAAAAAUUUAUCAAAAAUCUAAUAUAAAAUCUACUGCUGAGAUUGGUCGUUAUUUAGAAAAAAGUCAAAAAGAGGGGCAAAGACGAGCUAAAAGUCUUGAGAAGACUUUACAAAAAACACCAUCGGAUGAAAGAAAUUAUAAUGAAAUUUCUAAUAAACAGACAAAUAGAAAUAUAGAAGAAUCAACAUUGACAAAGAAUAAAACAGAUAAAAAAGAUAAAUCUGAAAAAAUUUAUAAGGAUAAUUCAAGUCAUUCAAAUCAGAAAAAGGGAGCACCAAAAUUAAUUAAAACUACUCAAUCAUUAAAUGAAGUUGUAAGAGAUGAUGUACUUGAUGAUGAAGAUGAUGAUGUUUUCUAUGAUGCUAAAGGUGAAGAAAGUGUUUCUAGAUCCAAUUCUAUGAGAAAGAAUUUAAAAGCUGUUUCACCACCAUGUGUCCCACCAACAUCACCUAUAAACUCAUCUAACGCAGAUAUAAAUAAAAACACUAUUACCAAUGAUAAAAAUUCGUCUAAUAAAAAAGAUUUUAAAAAUUCUCCGACUAAUCAAAAUUUGUCGAUAUCGAAAAAUAAAACCGAAAAACAAGAUCAAAAUGAGACACAAGAAUCUACAAUUUCAAAAUUACCAAUAAGUUCAACACAAAAAAUCAAUACGCCAAAUACUAAUUUAGAAUUAAAUGAAACAAAAAAGGAAAAGCCCUUGAAAGAUAAUGAAAAUUUAAAUACUACCACUACAACAGCAACAACAGUAACAAAAUCACUUGAUAAUAAAGAACAGACACCAAAUGAAGAAAAUAUUAAUGAAAGAAAAUUGCAACAAUUAUCAAUUAAGGAUAAUUCUCUUAAAGAUACUCUAAAAUAUGCUCAAGAUGAAAUUUUAUCACCAAAAGAUAAAAGUUUAAACGAAAAUACUAAAAAUAUCAAGGAAUGUAAUAAAUCUUCGAAAAAAGAAAAAACUGAAAAUGAAGAAAAUUCUGAACAAAAAAGCUCUUCCAAUAAUAUUAAUUCUGUACAACAACACCAACAACCGAAAUCAACUAAGGAUAGGUCAAUAUCUGAAAAAGCCCAACAACAACAGCAACUACAACAGAAUAAUGUAUCUGGUAAAAAUAUUAAACAGAGUCCACAAAAAAUUCAUCAAAUAAAUAAUGAACAAAAUGUUGAUAAACAAAUUGAUACACAAAAAAAUCAUAAUGAUAAAGAAAAAAUUCCAAAUAAUGAUAAAAAUCAACAAAAUAUUUCAACAAUGAAUACAAAUAUAGAAAAUGUUGCUAAACAAGAAAAUGAAAAUAUUUCUAUACAAAAUAAUAAUACUAUAACUACAACAAUAACAACAAUUAUAUCAACAGAUAAUAAUUUACCAUCAACUUCAAAAAUUGAAUCAACAAUAGAAAAAAUUCCAUUAAAACAAAUUGAAGUUGAUAUAAAAUCAUUACCGCCACCACCAUCACCAAUUAUUACAACAGAUGAAAUCAAAGAAGUAUCAGAUACAAAUAAUGUUAAUAAUGAUAAUAAUAUUGAUACAAAUUCUGUUACUAUUAAUACAAAUGCUACAAUAGCAUCAGCUACUAUUACUGUUACUGAUACUGCUAAUAUUACUGCUACUAAUGAUAAUAAUACUACAACUACAUCAAUUAUUGGUACUUCUGUUGCUAUUGCUGCUACUGCUGCUGCAUCUACUGUUAUUCCUAUUGCUGUUACAACAAAUUUGUCUGCAGAUGAAGAAUUUAGUUUAACGAAGACUACCACCGCUGUCGGUAAUAAAUUAAACAGGUACGCGUAAAUGAAAUGAAAUAUAUAUAGAUAUUUUUUUUUUUUUUUGUUUUUGAAAAUGUUUGUUUGCAUUUUGUAAUGUUUUUAUUUUGUUUAUUUUUUUUUUUUGCAAUAAUAUACUGUUGAAUUAAAAUAUAUUAUUGUUAAAGCACUGGAGUAGUGUAAAAAUUCGAAAAAUAUUAUGUUUAUUGCCGCCAUAAUAAUUACAUAGUGAUUUUAAAAAAAUUUAAUUAAAUUAUAGAGAAGUUUUUUGUAUAAAUUUUUUAUUAUUAAUGAAUUUUACCAAAUUGUUGAUGGUCAUAAUGUUUCUUAAAAAAAUUCUGAAAUAAAUUAAAAAAUUUUUAAUAAUAUUUUUCUAAAAAUCUACUACUAAAAAUUGCUUCGAACGCCGAAAUACGAAUUUUGCCGCUUUUAUUAAUUUGUGAAUUUUUUUUUUUAACUCUAGAUGAAAUUGAAACCCAGAACUACACGAAAAGGGAAACAAAAAUUUUAAAAUUUUUCAUACUCCUACAUUUUUUUUAAGUUCUUUUUUGGUUACUAAACGAAAAAUAAGAGUUAAGCAUUGUGUGUUGCAAAAAAAUGUAAAAAACAAUUCUUGAAUUGAAAAAGAAUUUUUAUUUGUUUGUUUGUUUGAUUGUUUUUUCUUGUUAUUUAGUUCAAUUACCUGCAGUGUACAGGUGAAAAAGAAUCAAAAUCAAAUCAAAAUAAUUUUGUAACGAAGCUAUAUACGAGUAAUAUACAAGUGAUUGUGUUGCUAUAGAAGAACACAAUAGAAAAUUUUGUUCUCAAAUUAAAAAAAAAAAAAAAAAAAGAAAUUCUAUUUUAAAGUUGAAAAGCAGGAAAACUCACAAAAAAAAAAAAGAAAAAGUUGAAAAAUUGCAUUUUAUUUUUUUCAUUCUUGUUAAUUUUAUUUUUAUGUUUUUCUUAUUCAGUUUGUUUCAUUGUUAAUGAAUUAAUUUUGCAAUACGAAAAAAAAUUUUUUACAAAACAAAAAAUAGAGAAAAAAAAAACGGAAACACAAUAACUAAAAACAAACUAUAAUAGUUACCGUCUGCAUACUUGCCUGUGUAUACGGAAAACAAAACUCGGAACAAAAAAAAAAAAAAACAAAAAAAAAUUAAAAACAAAACAAAAAAUAUGAAAAAAGAGAAGGACUAGGAAAGGAAAUGUUAAAAAUGCAAGAAAAAAAAAUUGUUUUUUCAUUUUUUACACAAGCGUGCGGUUAAAAAAAAAUCAAACUGAAAAACAGCACACAACACAACAUCAGUAGUGGUUUUAAUUAAAAAAAUAAUAUAUAAAUUCUGUGUAGUACAAUUGGAAAAAAAAAGUGUUAAAAUCUUGAAA